GCCGACGUGGCAGAAGCAGGAGGGAGCAGCGGCUUUCGCGGCACUUCCUGUGCAGGCGCUGGCAGGAGAGGCAGGGCUGCGAGCGCCCAGGCAGCAGGCAGACGCCCAGCCUGCAGGAAUCCCACUCGGCAGCACCCAGCCACCCUCCCUCCCGGCCGGCCGCCGAGACCAUGGGCCAGAAUGACCUAAUGAGCACGGCUGAGGACUUUGCGGACCAGUUCCUGCGAGUGACGAAGCAGUACCUUCCCCACGUGGCCCGUCUGUGCCUGAUCAGCACCUUCCUGGAGGAUGGCAUCCGCAUGUGGUUCCAGUGGAGCGAGCAGAGGGAUUACAUUGAUGCCACGUGGAACUGUGGCUAUUUCCUGGCCUCCAUCUUUGUGUUCCUAAAUCUCUUCGGACAGCUGAGCGGCUGUAUCCUGGUGCUGAGUAGGAAUUUUGUGCAGUAUGCCUGCUUCGGCUUGUUUGGAAUUAUAGCAUUACAGACCAUUGCUUACAGCAUUCUAUGGGAUCUGAAGUUCUUGAUGAGGAACCUUGCCCUUGGGGGAGGCUUGCUGCUGCUUUUGGCUGAGUCACGGUCAGAGGGGAAAAGCAUGUUUGCCGGGGUCCCCACCAUGCGGGAAAGCUCCCCCAAACAGUACAUGCAGCUGGGUGGACGUGUGCUGCUGGUCCUCAUGUUCAUGACACUGCUACAUUUUGAUGUUAGCUUCUUUUCUAUUCUCCAGAACAUCGUGGGCACAGCCCUGAUUAUCUUAGUGGCGAUUGGCUUUAAGACCAAGCUGGCUGCCUUGACUCUGGUCAUCUGGCUGUUUGCCAUCAACAUCUACUUUAACGCCUUCUGGACCAUCCCGGCCUACAAGCCCAUGCAUGACUUCCUCAAGUACGACUUCUUCCAGACCAUGUCUGUCAUUGGAGGGCUUCUUCUGGUGGUGGCGCUGGGUCCUGGUGGUGUCUCCAUGGAUGAGAAGAAAAAAGAGUGGUAAUGGGAGCAAUGUAGCUUCUCAGGACACGACAGCUUAGGUCCAGGACGGAUUCUCUAUGGAUUCAACAAAACCUGCCAGCAUUUUACAUAUACCUGCUCCUGCUGUACCUUCCCCUGUUAAAGGCACAGAUGUCUUGAGAAUUUAAUUUACAGUGGCACCAGUAAUCUGAUGAUAGAUGAGAUAUCCUACUACUUCGAGGAACAUUGCCUAGGGUUAUUUUAUUGUUUUGUUUUUAACUUCCUAGAAUUGGAACUAACCCAAGGAAUCCACAUUUCAUUGAGUACUUCAGUAUUGGCUUUUAAAUUUAAAGUACUGUGAGCAGAUACACAGUAGUAUCAUUCAGUGUGCUGUUUGGUUAUUUUUUCUGUUUCCUUUUUAACUCUAACAAGUGAAUACCCCAUUCCCCUCAGAACUAAAACGCCUCUGUGUAUAUAAAAUCCAGCUGCUGGUUAGAGCAUUGUUUGUACAAUUGGAGAGUUAUGCUAAGACGACAUUGGUUUUAAAAAUUACAGUAUUCUCUACCCAGGUCUGAGCAAGGGGAAGGCCCUUCCACACCCGGAGGGAGGGAGGGAAAAAGAGAAUGUCAGAAGCAGCUGCAUCCUUCUCUAGGUGAGGAAAGAGAUGGUUUUAUUCAUCGAAUGUCUCAUUUCUGUUCCUGAGCGGAACAAGGGGGUAGUGGUGUUAUAUUGCUUUAAAAAUUUCAGUAAGAUGGGGGGGUGGAUUAGUGGGAAGGCUCUCAAGACAGAUUUCAUUUUAAAAGGUGCUGUGCCAAAAUCAAUCCUUCUUUUCAGCAUUUUCCACCCACCAACAAAGGGGAGCAAGCCAGGCAGUGAUUCACAGAGACAGCUCCUUUCAGCAACCAACCACCAUUUAUCUAAAUGUGGCUCCAGGUUCUUUCAAUGUGAGCAGUAACUGGUGGAACCAAUAUUUGUGGAGCUGUGAAAGACCCUGUUCCUGGCAUUGAAAGGCAAAAGCUCAAAUGCUGAGCAUUUCAUAAUGCAUGCAGGUCCGCAUCACCUCACCAGUGGGUUCAGAGCAGUGUCUGAUCUUCCAGCCUAGAGCACCCUUUGCUUUCUUGAUCCAUUGCUGCCAGUCUCUCUUGUACAUGCAAACUCUUUUUUUUUUUUUUUUCCACUGUGCAACAGCAGGUACAGAACUCUCAAGGGAAAAGCACGUGCUCUAGCAUCCCAGUACAGACACUCGUGGGCUGGGGGAGAGAAUGCUUUCCUGAACAGGCUCCAUUGUUCCUGUAUUAAACAGUAUGCAAAAAUCAGCUGUAUGAUACCUUACUGCACUGAUUCUCAGUCCUGUGUCUCAAAUGGCAUCUGCCUCAUUUUUGACAGUAGUAGCUAAGACUUCUAGUGAGUAGAACAUACUUGACAGUGUCUUAACGGCUAGGGGAGGUACCUUAUGCAUUUUAACUCUCUGCUGUGCAUUUCGCUCAGAGAGGAAAUAAUCCUUUAGUGUAAGUGGGUUGAAGGGAAACAGAGGUCCUGACUUUGCCCCAUCAGCAUAAUCUCUUCUUUCACCUCACAUUCAUCCCUGCUGGGAAGGGGCAUUUUAGCCUCUGCUAGUGGCCUAAAUUGGUGGGAUGGGUUUGUUUGUUUUUUUUGGUUGGUCUUAUUGACUUGGACUCUGUGAGACACUCGCCCUGUGACCUUAACUAGCAGCUCAGCAGGCUAACUGCCCUGGUUUCCUGCAUCAAUGGCUCCCUUCACUGUAGCUGCUUACAUCUCCACUUUGAAGAGCAGCCCAGCUCAUCAUCUCCAGCAGGCAGCCAGCUCCUGGGCUUUCCUCCCCAAGGAAUGCUGCUAAGCCCAUUGACCUGGACAGUGCACUCUUGCCUUUACCCUGGAAAACAGGAUUCUCAGCAGCUGGUGAUAAAUAGAAAAGCCUCCAAGAAUGUUCAGCCACUUACACUGCUCAUAAGGGAGAAUGGCCUCUGUAGUGAUAGAGGGAACUAUCACGGGAGAGAUUUCUUAAAUUAAUUUGAGAUCAAGAGGGUUUAAUAGUUAUCCUGUGCCUUCCCCCCCCCCUCCCCCCAGCAGGUUUUGUAGGAAAGGUUUUUGCCUCAGCUGCUCUUGCAGUGCCUGUGUCUUCAUUGUGCAGGAAAUGAGAUCUUUCAGCUUCCUCCUGACAUUCAAUACAUAAAAGAUAUGACUGACUUUCACACUGCAGUUACAACAGGCAACUGUUUAGAAUACACACAUGUUCCUUAGCUGCAUCAAUAUUCUCUUCCAAACAUUCUAGCUGCUGUGGGCAAUUCAAGUAUUUAUAAGUGAAUAGGUAGAAACAGCUCUUGUAACUACCCCUUAAUUAGCUUCCUUAGGGUUAAUCCCCUCAUUCUGCCCAGCUAAGGAGCUUGAUCACUUCAGAAGAGGGACUGUUUAAUAUUUCAGACACUAACUGAUACAAAAAAAGGAGUACUUGUGGCACCUUAGAGACUAAUGUUUAUUUGGGCACAAGCUGGGUUAAAACAAACCCACAGGAAAUUCCUCUCUCCUGGAGAGGCUGCCUGCAGCCCCAUAGGAAGUUCAGGCAUCACAAAAUAGAUGUUCCCCUUUAGGAAAGGGGAAUGUUACUAGCCAUUUGCAGCAGGGAUCUUGCAAGUAAAGUACAACAUCAGCAGUAAGGAGAGGGCUUGUUUUUAAAUACACUGCUCUCUUCCCACCAGUACCCUACCCAAACUGUGACUUUUUAGCCAACGUGUCCUUUGCAAGAGGGCUAGCUGUUUCUCACAUGCGCUGCUGUACCACAUAUCUCCCAGAACUGAUGCAGUGACUUCUCUAACAGUUGGAAUGCUCUCUCAAAGGCAGGAUGUAAUCUACCAAUUGGCUUUGCAAAGUGUUCUGAGUUCACUUUUUUUUUUGUUUUGCUUUAUGUGGAAAGAGAAAUAAGUAUAAACUCUCAUUUUAUGCUGUAUUUUGUAUCUUAGUUGUGUUUGAAAAUGUUUGAUUUUUGGAAACCAUCAAAAUAAAACUAUGGCAUCUUUGUUGUA